CGAUGAACUCCUGUUCCCGUGACCCAAGCAACACCAGCUCGACGCAAUUGCCCAUACUUCCCGUCUGGUAUUCACAUUGUAGGCUCCCAGUUAUCAGUUCGUGAUAUUUACUCCAGGCUAUCUUUCACAAUUGAAUAUCUUCAAUAUAACACCCUAUGGUAUUCUAGAAGUUUACCAACUUGGCAGCACUCCGUAUCAGGUGCUGCACAACACCUGAGGCAUAAUGUUCGAAAAGUCGCUAUAUGACCUGAUAAAAGGCCUUAGGAGCCACAAAGGAGCCGAGGAUGAAUACAUACAGGAGUCUCUUCGCGAAUGCAAAGCCGAAAUCAAGACGCAGGAUAUGGAUAAGAAGGCCACGGCUCUUUUAAAACUCAUAUACCUGGAGAUGUUCGGUUAUGAUAUGUCUUGGGCAUCAUUUCAUGUGCUUGAAGUCAUGUCAUCUGCUAAAUACCUACAGAAAAGAGCUGGAUAUCUUGGGGCCGUGCAAAGUUUCAGACCCGAUACCGAGGUUCUCAUGCUAGCAACGAACCUCUUGAAGAAGGACCUAGUAUCGACGAGCAUUUCAAACAUGUCCCUACCUCUAAUCACAUUGCCCAGCAUUAUCACGUCCUCCCUCGCCAUGUCAUUACUCCCAGACGUUCUGUCUCGAGUUUCGCACUCCCAUGCUGUGGUUCGGAAAAAAGCUAUAGUUUGUCUAUAUAGACUUACACUUGUCUACCCCGACGCUUUAAAACUAGCUUGGCCUAAGAUUAGGGAACGCCUCAUGGACGAUGAAGAGGACUCUAGCGUCACCACAGCUGUCCUAAAUGUGGUAUGCGAACUAGGAUGGCGCAGACCUCGUGAUUUUUUAUCUCUUGCGCCACGUUUGUUUGAACUACUCGUUGAUGGUGGCAAUAAUUGGAUGGCUAUCAAAAUAAUAAAGCUUUUCGCAACACUUACUCCACUAGAACCACGAUUGGUUCGAAAGUUACUUCGACCAUUAGUUAAAAUCAUUCAAACAACAACUGCUAUGUCUCUACUCUAUGAAUGCAUCAAUGGCCUGAUACAAGGCGGUAUACUCGAUAGCGACGAAGGUGCUCAAGAAAAAGACGAAAUUGCUGAUCUUUGUGUGGAAAAACUCCGAGGCAUGGUCGUAUCUGAUUCGGACCCGAAUCUCAAAUAUGUGGCUCUCCUAGCAUUCAACAGGAUUGUUUCAGCGUAUCCUGCAUUGGUUUCCGUGCACCAAGGUGUGAUUAUGUGCUGCUUCGAUGACGCAGACAUUUCGAUUCGACUCCAAGCCCUCGAUCUUGCGACAAGGAUGACCACUAGCGAUAAUCUUCAGGUGAUAGUAGAGCGGUUAAUCUCACAGCUGGCUCAUUCCAAUGAAUCAUACGGGAGUGAACGCAUGAAGCCUGAUGAUGAGUUCUCUGAAGAAGUUGGCAGCGAGUUGAGAGGAGUUUUAGCCAGCCGCAAAGCGACAAUACCUCUCCCAGCUGAUUACGAGAUUGAAGUGUUGCACCGAAUAGUUGACAUAUGUUCACACGGGAAUUAUGCGAAUUUGUCUGAUUUCGAAUGGUACGUCGGUGUGAUGGUGCGGCUAGUGAAAUAUCUACCCCCAGACACCCAAAAUAUCGAUCUCCUGACAAGUAGUCGGAUGGGCAACGAUAUGGACUACCAGACAACUAUUGCUAGUCGAAUUGGUUCCGAGUUACGCAACGUGGCCGUUCGGGUCAAAGAUGCCCGCACAGAAGCGACUAGGGCUGCAGAUUUAUUGCUCUCGCUUGAGAAUAGAAAGUCCCUUUCCAGCACGGCUUCGUAUGCAACCAAUGGCAUCCUUGGGCCGCUUGCGUGGGUGGUCGGUGAAUAUGCCGAGCACGUGCUUUACCCCGAAAAAACGCUUCUUUCCUUGAUUGACAUAUCCAAUCUCUCCUUGCCCGGGAAAACGCUAUCUCUCUAUGUGCAAGCCAUUCCCAAAUUGCUCAACACCUUACUGCCUCGCGAGAGAACAUGGGACCGAACCAGAAGGAGCGAAGUGUCACUCAUUCUGGUUCGAAUUACCGAGUUUCUCGACUCUCUGAGUUCGCAUCCUGACCUGGAGGUGCAAGAGCGAACUAUUGAAAUCCUAGAGGUCAUGCGCUUAGCAGCAGACGCUUUGCAGUCUGACUCAAACAAUUGGAACGAAGUACCAUAUCUUCUGUCUUCGGUCAUUCCUAAUCUAUUCCAAGGACUCGAACUGAACCCCGUCUCUAUGAACGCACAGAAAAAAGUCACGGCACCAGAUCGGCUUCAUUUGGCCCAUGCAUUCAAUGGUAGCUUUGGUGAUCUCUUUGAUAACGAUAUCGAUGUUAUAACUGGAACGGAGUAUGAAGUAUUAUGCAACGAUUUCUACCAUUCCAAGGAAGGCUUAUCAUCAACUAAGCAUCAUGGUGACUUCAUUGUGACAGACGCAGCUUAUGGGACACCGUAUCAGGCACCAUUGGGACUCAUGGUAGAGGAGGCGUCCACCCUCGCGAGAAGAUUGGACAGGAAGGAACGAAGUAGGGACGAUCCUUUUUACAUUGGAACAGAUGACGGCUACUCCGAUAUCUUGAGCCCACAUCAUCCUUCCUUCAACGUUCAUAAUGAUAGCGAACUCGAUAUUGACGCUAUCCCAAUCAUCGAUCUCAAAUUGAACGCUGGAAGACACCAGCGACCCUCCAAGAGUCAGAGUGCUAAUCGGAUCAAACUAGAAUCACGUCUCAAGCGUUACGAAGUUCUAUCCGACGAGAUUCUAGGAAAUGAGGAAACCGGGACAGCCAACGUAAUGGGUGAAGUCAAUAGAUGGAAACGGUCUUUGCUUCAGGUUGAUUCUAGUGGGCUGGAACACCUUCAACUUGGCGAUGAGAAGCCUUCAUCUCGCAGUCAAGCAAGCAUGCGAGAAGUCGAAGAUGAUGCGGAAAUGGCAAUGGCCAUGCAAGAAGUGGAACAGUUCCGUCUGAGAUUGCAGAGAGCCACAGAGCGAGUGCAUCCUGCAGGUAUUUCUUCAGAGGGAACAUUGGUCAAGAAGAAGAAGAAGAAAAUCAAAUCUGUGGUCGGUAAUAUGCAGGGAUCUCCUCAGCCUCGUGAUGAUAUCAGUUCAACCAAGGGCAUCAGCAAUAACCUACAGCGGCAGCAGCAGAAGAAGAAGAAACGAGCAAAAAUGUGAUUGGUGAUCUGUACUCAAGCAGUCGCGUUUUUGGCAGGUAUUGCCUUCCCCAGCGGUGUCGUUGAUGGCUAGGAUCAAUGAAGAUCUGACCUCUUUUGCUGUACAGUGUAGCAGAACAAUGGUUACAUAACAGCAAAGACGACAAGUAACGCGCAAGGCAAGAAGUUGAAGGUCCGAGGCCUUGAUGUGAUCAUUAUGGAAUUUGCCACCUAUCUGGUGUGGG